UCGCAUAACUCAACAGUUGGGAGUCCUCCAUUCAUUUGCUUUUUGGAAUUGAGAUUUUCUGAUAGUAUCUGUCAGCAUUCUCAUGAAAUUUGUGAGCGGUCUGCUAUUUCUGUUUCUAAGUAAAACUCACAUUUAUUUGAAUUCCCCUUAGGUCGUGCUAUUAAAAUUUAGUCACAUUGCAUGUCAGUAAUUUGCCUUAAAGGUUAGUCAUAAUGGGAUUCAUUCUAGUUGUGAGUUGCUUUUUCAGACAAAAAAAAAAAUGUCACUACGCUUUACGUCACAUAAGAUGUCAGCACAUUGCAAAAAAAUCUCCGCAUACAUCACAAAAGCUUUUUGCAACUCUAAUUCCGUUGAAUUGUCUCUCGCCAGAACUUGCAUACAGAUAUUGUGGUUUCAGUUCCCACUGGGUGAAUGUGCGAAUUGUUGUCUGUCGCCUUGAUGUUGCCUGGCUCACCUGAAAUCAUCUGGGAAAAGCGCCAGCUCCCCCGUGACUCUUAAAACAGUAUGACCACAGUAAAAGGAAAAAGAGAAAAAAACACACAAGAGCAACUACUUCAUUAUUAUUUCUAUUAUAUACCUAUUUUACACAGCUGCAAAUAAUGUUAACUAAUUGAACAUUUAGAAAAACACUUUUUAAAGGGUAAAGCUCCACCUAAUAUGAAAAACUAGUGUUGUCAAAGUUAAAGAUCUAACUGGAGAUUGAGCUUUAAUUUUGACAACACUUACCACAUAUGUAACUUUAAUAUAUUUGAGAGGGUAAAUAUCAGUGUUGUUAAUCUUACUGAAAAAAAGUAAUUAAUUAUAGUUACAAAUUACUUCUCCCAAAAAGUAAUUGCGUUAGUAACUCAAUUACCUGAAUGUAAGAGUAAUUAGUUACUUGGCAAAGUAAUUGGUGAUAAUUACUUUUUUUUUUCCCCUCAAAAAAAAAAAAAAAAAAAAAAACAUUGGCCACACUAUGUGAAGUUUUUUGUGAAGGUUUUUGGCACAAUUGGCCCGAGCCCAAUUCUUUACCCAAAUUUACCCUUUACCCUGAAUCAACUGUUAAAAGUUGUUAAAAUUGCUCCCAUUAUUGCAUUUGUUCCCUUCUCUCUACUUUCGACAUAUGAAAGUUUUAAAAACUGUUUCAUCAUUUAUGUCUAAGUGUCCUUGAGCAAGAUACUGAACCCCACAUUGCUCCUGGUGCUGCGUCACCAGUAGGUAGAUGGCGAGAUAGUGUAAAGCGCUUUGAGCGCCUUGAAAGGUGGAAAAGCGCUAUAUAAGUAUAACACCAUUUACCAUAACACCAUUUAAAGAUAGAUUCAAGUCAAGAUUUUGCCGAUUUAGAAGUAUUUUAGAUAAAAAGUUACUUAGGUUCGCUAGGAAGGUUCUCUACAACAGAGCCGUCCUAAAAAGUCUACUGCUUUAAGAUGGCGGCUGUCUACUAAUGCAUUUAGUGCCAUGCAGUGUUGUUAAUUUUACUUUAAAAAAGUAAUUAAUUACAGUUACAAAUUACUUCUCCCAAAAAGUAAUUGCGUUAGUAACUCAGUUACCUGAAUGUAAGAGUAAUUAGUUACUUGGCAAAGUAACUAGUGAUAUAUUUUUUUUUCUCAAAAAAAAAAAAAAAAAAAAAAAAAAAAAAAAACAGGUCACACAAUGUGAAGCUUAAAGGGUUUGGGGGACAAUUGGCCCUAGCCCAAUUCUUUACCCUCCACUUAACUAGACACAAGGGUAUUGCGAUAACUAGCUAGUAACCUUUGCUAUGUGUGGAAGUCAUUUAAAGUUGUGAAUCAAUCGUUAAAGUUGUUAAAAUUUCUCCCGUUAUUGCAUUAGUUCCCUUCUGUCUACUUUAAACAUGUGUAAGUUUUAAAACUGUUUCAUCAUUUAAAGAUAGAUUUAAGUUAAGAUUUUGCCGAUUUAGGAGCAUUUUAGAUUUUAAAAAAUUACUUAGGUUCGCUAGGAAGGAUCUCUACAUCAGGGCCUUCCUAAGUUCCUGAGAGGUCUACUGCUUUAAGAUGGCGGCUGUUUACAAACGCAUGUAGUCCUUAAAACAUGUUGGCAAUGCAGCAGUGUCUGUCAAUUGCAUCUAGUUCUAUAAUAUGAUAUCUACCGUGUCAUGUGGGCGUAGUUUGUCGGCUAUGGCUGCAGUCAGGUAUUAUUGGAGCCACCUAGCAUCGCGGUUGCAACGGCGUCUUCCCCACUCCUGCUCUGCUCUCUCCCCAGUUUCUGGUGGAGAGUUGUUCGAUUUCCUGGCUCGUAAGGAGUCGCUUUGUGAAGAGGAGGCCACUCAGUUUAUCAAACAGAUCCUGGAUGGAGUCCAGUACAUCCACUCCAAGAGGAUUGCCCAUUUUGAUCUAAAGCCUGAAAAUAUAAUGCUACUGGACAGGAAUGGUCCUCUUCCCCGCAUCAAAAUCAUUGAUUUUGGAUUAGCACACAAGAUGGAAGAUGGAGCAGACUUUAAAAAUAUUUUUGGAACCCCUGAAUUUGUUGCUCCAGAGAUAGUCAACUAUGAGCCCCUGGGAUUGGAGGCAGAUAUGUGGAGCGUCGGUGUCAUCACGUAUAUUCUUUUGAGCGGAGCGUCACCUUUUCUCGGCGACACAAAGCAAGAAACGCUGGGGAACAUCUCGGCCAUGAGUUACGAAUUUGACGAGGAGUUCUUCAGCAACACCAGCGAGUUAGCCAAGAGCUUCAUCAGACAGCUGCUAGUGAAAGACACGAGGAAACGGAUGAGCAUACAAGACGCCUUGAACCAUCCUUGGAUUAAGUCUGGCGGGCGCGCACCGCAGAGCGCCGCCGAAGAGGCGGAGCAGCUGAAGACCGAGCGUCUCAAGGAAUACAACAUCCACUCCCACUCCAGCAUGAUCCAAAACAACACCUAUGCCGCCUUUGAACAAUUUGCCCAGGUGGUGGAGGAUGUCGGAUUGUUGGAGACAGAAGUGAAGCAGGUGGCGGGUGUUCACCGCAGCUUGCGAGGUGACCUGGAGACAUUGCUUGCCGUUUUCGAUGACAAAGAAGCUUGGUACAAAGAGGAGAACGAAAGCAACAGGAAGCAACUCUCACAGGUUGUCUAUGAGUAUCGCACAGUAGAGGCAACAAGAAGGCUCCUGCGGGAGGAUGUGACGGGCCUGGGCACUGCCUUGGACAGCAUCAGCGGCAAAUACCAGCAGAGGCAAAGCCAAAUGGACGCUCUGAGGCUGGAGCUGAAUUCGGAGCUGCAAUGGCUGCAAGAGGUGGUGCACUAUCUGGAUCCGCAGAGAGCACACAGCAGCAAUUUGGCUGAAGUGUUGAAAGAGCAGCCACAUCAGAAGGAGCUCCAUCCUGUGGCCCAACAACCUCUCACCAAAUCAACUUAAAAAGGGACUUUUAUUGUUUACAUGGAAUUGACUCUGAAUAUGCUUUGGGAAAGUCAUACAUUGGUCAUGUAACGGUCUAAAAAUGUCACAGAAAAUAUACACUACACUGAUAAAACUAAAAAUGAACAAUAAUUAUUUCCUCUAAAGUAAACGUACGUACGGUGAUCCCUCGCUACUUCGCGCACUUAGUCAAGCGCGAAUUUUUUUCCAAUUGAAAAAUAAAUAAUUAAAUACAGAUGAGACGGCCCGACCCGAUCACAUAGUCUCACUUUCCUUUUUGCUGCUCUUUGCUGGUCAGGCAGUGCACUGGAGUUGCUUCUUUAAUUAACGAUGAUUGACAGAUGUGUAAUGUUUGAUCUUGCCACAGAUGUUUGGAAGCCAAAGCUUCAAAGCGCCGUAUGCGUCAAUCAUCGUUUAACUUGUUAAACAGUUGCUGUGGCAACUCAUUGUGUGUAAGUGAGCAGCUUGAGCAGAUUUGAGUGGACUCACUCAAUGAAGCGUUCAAUAAAGACAAGCAUUUUUCUACUUUAUUCUUGUUUAAAAAGGAUUUGGUGGGACUGUAACAUGUUUGAAGUGCUGAAAAACCAUUCAUUAAAAAUAUAUACAUAAUUUAAAAAAUAUAUAUAAUUAAGAAAAAAGUUAAAAAAUGUCACAUAUGUACAUGUGUCUUUCAAAUGCUAAAUCUGAAUAAAUACAUUAUACACACAAAAAAAUUAGGGGGGGGCGCUACUUCUUGGUUUUUCACUUAUCGCGGCUGGUUCUGGUCCCCAUUAACCUUGAAAAACGAGGGAUCACUGUACUGUAAAUCUUCUAUUGUUUGAAACCACCAUUAGCAUUUGCAGUGUUUUUUUCACGUGCGUGAUGUGGGGCAUUAACUACCAACAAGUUUGCGAUCUUACACUCUGAGGCGGGGUCUCAAGUUUGCGGUCCGGGGCCAAUUGGGACCCGCGUGAACAGUAUGUUAUGGCCCCCUACUUGACAUUUAAGUGUUUGUGUAUCUAGGAUUUUUUUUUUUUAUAAUUACUUAUAGUUCAUGACAAUUUUCAGCUGUGUUGGUCAAGAAGUUAGCCAAAGUGACAUCAGGUGGUAGGAAAAUAUGCCCUAUCACUCAAUCAAAACCCACCGUGGAGAGAAAGGUUGGCGACCAAUGUAGACAAUUUCAGGAAAAGUGGGAAGCAGAAUUUUUUUUUUGGUUGAAUACAUGGGCAUUCUGACCUAGAUUUGUAUUAUUUUUAUAUGCACACAGAAAGUUGAUACUUGAUUCUUUUUUUAAUCCAGAUAUUUCUUGUUACAAGCCAGUAUUUGUAGUAAAAGCAUUUCAAAUUGGUAAAUCAAGAGUAUUUAUUUCGAGCAUUUAUCUACAUGGUUACCAUGCCCAAAGUGCUUUACAUUAGCACACAUUUACCCGUUGACGCACAUAUUCACACACCAAUGAUGCUGCCGACCCACUGGUUGCCAAAUCAGUGCCUUGCCCAAGGCCACUUAAACAGUGGGCAGUUGUCGGGGAAUCGAACUGCUGACUUCUCAGUCCUAGGACAAUUUGAGCCAUCAACUGCGCCACUGCCGCCACCAGUUUGAAUUUUAUUUUGAAUCUUACAGUAUAUGUUAUCAUGUUACUGAUAUUUGAUGAACAUGUACAGUAAACAUCCUAUAGGUGUGUGUCGUAUGAAUGAACUAGUUCUUAGACGUUGACGGGGUAUUGUGGAGGCUUGAAAAUUAAUGAUGUUCCCAUUGUAUUUACAUUUUCAAAAUGUUAAAUACUUUGUCUAAUUCAAAUUUCACUCCAUAAUGUCUAAAUUAUGUUUUUUACUUUAUGUACUGUAAUAAAUUACAAUAUUACUCACAAACAAGGGCAUAGGUUUGCAUAGAGACGGUUGGGACAUAACACUACCAACUUUUCAGGAUGCUCAUAUUGUCCCCACAUACUUUUAAGCAGCCUUAUUUGCAAUAUAGAAUGAGUUCGGUUGUAUAGGUAAUUUAGAUUGUCUUCCCAUACGUUUUAAGGAUAGAAUUGACUGUACCAUUAGUAUUAAGUGAAUUAUAUUCUUUAUGUUCAGACUUACAUCGACCCCUUUUAACUUGCUGAAUAUGCGGGUCCAUUUUUCCCCCCUCAAAGCACGUUUGAUUAGCUGAUGACUUGCAUUUAUUUAAAAAUAUAUUCAUUUAUUUUCUAUGUUAUUUAUCUAAAUACAGACAUUUUUUUCAGAUAAUCCUACUUUAACCAUAAUCGGGUUAAAAGUUUUCAUUUUUGUUGAGUUUGGCUGCACUUGUGCACAUAAGCAGUGGCGUUUUACCAUUUGUAUUUAUUUUAAUGUCAAUAUAAUUUAUGUUUAAAUAUUGUAGUUUAAAUUUUCUAAAAAAAUCCACACAUUUCUUCUGGAAGUUUUCAAAAUAUUUCUUUAGCAAUUUUUGAAAAAAAAGGUUUGAAUCGCACGGUGCAUCAGUUUUUACAGAUUUAUUUUGCAUUGAUCAUUUAGCCUAUCAAUUAAUUAGGUUCAUAAACGUGAGAAAUGUUGCCCUGACCCCCUGUUCCCCCAAUCUGUUUGGACUUAAUAAUGUCCCGUACCCAGCAAAAAGUGUACGUGCAGGUUAUGCUCUUAUAUUGUCCCUCCACUGAGACCAAACCUACGCCCUUGUCACAAAUGUACUCUACAGACGCACUGUGAAGUAUGGGCCUGUUCGGUUGACCACAAAGCUGAGAUACUUGCAGAAAGUCAUAACUUAUUCUAUUGUAUGGGUAGCGGAUACACAUUUUAAUCUUGUUUAUUUACUGACACUGUAAAUUUCUUGCAUAUCUGAAGAAAUUAUUUGUUGUAAUUAAUUUUAAAAACUAACUACUAAAUACAAUUGAGUUAAAUUAGAUAAUUUCCUGAUCAUCUUGCACACUAAUGUGCUACGGCACAGAGGAUGGAACUGGUGUAAAUGAAACGGAAUGCACUAUAUACAUGAUGUUUUUAUUGUACAAGUACUGUAGAAAAACACAUUACAUGAGCAAAAGCACAAUGACAAAGCGGUUAAGGAAUCUGCCUUUAAGUCUGUUUUGACAGGCUGCCCACCCUUAACCUCAUGACAUGAAGCGCUAUUAGAAAAGAUGGAUAAUCGUAUCAGGAAAAAUCUUGUGCACUGGAGCAAGGAAUUCCCAGAAUAUAAAUGAUACGUCUGCAUUUGUAGUUUAACAUUAGUGUCACAACCUUGUGGAUUAUUAUUUUUUAUUUUUUUGUAUUGAUGAAUGGUUUCUUAUUUUUGGAGCAAUAAGAUGCAUUACCAAACACGAUUGAUGACUUUGAUAGCUUUUCUGUUGUGUUAUGAAUUAUUGGUGGCCUCACUGCGGUCUGAAUAUGAGAUCGUAAAGCCAGUCUUUCCAAUGGAAUGCCUUAGAAUUACACAUUUGUAUUUUUCAUUCCAUUUUGUGAUUCCGUACUGUAUUUUUCUGCCCUUCUGUUACGGCACUGAUUUAUUUUUCCUCAAGUGGAAAGACCACUGAAAUGUGUUGUUUAUUUAUUUAACUUAUUAAUUUAUUUCUUGGCUUUAUUUGGGAGAUUUCCAAAAUUUUGAAACUGCAUGUAACGGAUGCACAAUGCUUAAGAUGCUAAUAUUUUGUGCACUUUUUUUUUUUUUUUUAAACUUCUGUGUUAAAACAUAUGUUGUUUUUAAACACAUGAAAUAAAUAUAUUCAAAAAAACAAUGUGUCGUUAUUUUUUGUGUGUCUAAAUUAUUCUCAU